AUGGAUCGCUUGAAAGCGAAAAGGACUGUACUGCGAGGGAGGACCACUCGAAUCAUCAACGAAAGCAAAGCUCUUCUUUCAUCUGAGACCGCCAGCGCUGAGGAUCUCACCGUUCUACUAGAUCGCCUCACCAUUUGCAGUACCGACUUGAAAGACGUCGACACCCAGUUGGAGACGCUCAUUCCAAUCGAAGAUCUUCAACACGAGUAUGACAGCUGCUUUGGAUACCAAGAGGAAGUAAGCACAGUAGUCUCAAAAUUGAACUACAAACUUCGACAAGUUGAAGCUCCUGCUUUGCAGACCAUGACAUCGCAAACUGAGAGGAACACUCAGUCCUUGAGGGAGUCAACGAGAUCUGGAAUUAAGUUACCAAAGCUCCAGCUCCAAAAGUUCAAUGGCGAGCCCACGCUGUGGCCAAGCUUCUGGGAGCAAUACUUAAGCAGCAUACAUGAAAACGCUACCCUUUCCAAGAUCGAGAAAUUCCAGUACCUGAGAUCUCUUCUCGUUGGACGGGCGUCUGCUGCGAUUGAGGGACUCCAGGCCACGGAAGCUUGCUACGAUGAUGCAUUGGAGUUGCCGAAAAAACGUUUUGGUGAUAGACAGAAGAUAGAACACGAGUAUUUCUCCCGUCUGCGUCAACUUUCCCAUAUUCGCUCUUCGCACGAUACUGGUGGACUGAGGAAGAUAUAUGAUCAGACCCAGUCUAGUAUGCGAGGAUUAAAAUCUCUCGGAAUAACUGCUGGAAGUUACGCAGCGAUGAUGAACGACAUUCUCCUGAACGCGUUGCCACAGGACAUGGUUUUGGACUACCAUCGUAGGAAACAGCAACAACCAGCACAGCUCGAAAACUCCGAAAGGCAGUUAGAGGAUCUCCUCGAUUUUCUCCAGAACGAAGUCGAAAGCAGAGAAAAGGCGGGAAUAUCUAGCCAGGAUGGAGGAGUUGUGAAACGAAGAGGGAGUCAGAUGAGCCGUCCCAGUGGGCUAGUACUCCAAACGGGUUCUGAGCCGGCCAAGUGUAUCUUUUGCGGCUCUUCGGCGCAUACGACUGAACGAUGCUCUUCUGAUAUGAAUCUGAGUGCCCGAAAAGAGAAGCUCAAAUCUCAGCGAAGAUGUUUCCGAUGCACCUGGGUGGGACAUAUGACGAACCAGUGUGUGAGACGUGUCAAAUGCGAUAAAUGCAAAGGUAGACACGUAACCUCCAUGUGUGACCCGGAGUACAACCCAGCCCAGUCAACUAGCCCUAAAACGCAAACCCGCAGCGCAGUGAUCGCCACGUCCUCAGCCACUUCACGUUCCACUGUUUUGCUACAGACUUUCCGGGCUUGGGUGGUCGUCGACAAGAAGUGCGCAUACAUUCGAGGAUUAUUUGACAGUGGUAGUCAAAGUACCUUUGUGCGAGAGGAUCUUGUUCGCAGCUUGAACUUGCCCGUCCUGAGAGAGGAGGAACUCUCAAUAAGCACAUUUUCCAGUGAUAUGGGGAGGAAACCAGAGAGGCGACGAAUAGUGGAGCUCCAGAUACGAAGCCAGUAUGCCGAGGAGGUAAUAACUAUGGAAGCAAUCGAAAUGCCAGUUCUAUGUCAUGAUCUUCCAUCAGCUUCAGCAGAUGACCGUCACUUGAUUCUACUUCAGGAAGCUGGAGAACAUGUUGCUGAUGUCGUAUCGUUCCCAGGCAUACCGCAAGUGAAGGGAAUUUCGGUCCUUAUUGGGUCGGAUCAAAUGUGGAAAUUGCUGAAAGGAGAGAUCCAACGUUACGGGCCAAACGAUGAAAUCGUUGCCAUCAACUCCAAACUAGGAUGGACGUUUCAGGGUCCGACUACCGAACGUUCGCUGAUCGCAAGGCAGGCCUGCAACUAUGUAUCUGUGCUUCGUGUGAGUACACUUUCUGAGGACCUGCGCUGUGACCAGCUUUUAGAACGAUUUUGCAGCCUGGAAGGAGUUGGAAUCGUCCACGAAGAUGAAUCUCCGUCGGCCGAAGGUCAUGCCGUUCUCGAAGAGUUCGAGAAAACACUGAAGAUGAGGGAUGGCAGGUACGAGGUUCAGCUCCCGUGGAAACAGACAGAUUCGCCGUUGAACGACAACUUCGAGAUAGCUAAAACUAGGCUGAAGAAACUUGUGUUCCGACUGAACAAAGACAGACAUUUGAUCGAAGAGUACGACAAAGUUAUACGUGGAUAUCUUCUCAGUGGAUACGCAGAAGAAGUUCCGGUAUCCAACCAAGAACAGAACACUCGGGUUUUCUACAUGCCACACAGAGAAGUUUUCCGCGAAGCAUCUACAACAACCAAGUUGCGUGUAGUGUUCGACGCGUCGUCGCAUGGUCCUGGAAGUACAUCUUUAAAUGACCACCUGGAAACUGGACCAAAGCUUCAAGCAGACAUGCAGGAUAUUCUAAUCAGGUUUAGGAUGCAUCAGAUCGCUAUGAUAGCGGAUAUCGAGAAAGCUUUCCUCCAGAUCAUGGUCCACGAGAGAGAUCGUGAUGCGCUACGAUAUCUUUGGUACCGCGACGUGCCCUUUCGUGAGAUGACGUCUAACGAGCUCUGCGUUCUCAGGAUGAGUCGGGUUCCCUUCGGAACGACCGCGAAUCCUUUCCUCCUGGCCGCAACGCUGCAUCACCACUUUCGUCACUUGGUAACAGGAGCUGAUAACGUUGAACAAGCCACGAGGAUGCAUCGUCAGGCUUUGGCAGUCAUUGAACAGGCUGGAAUGCGCCUCAGAAAAUGGGCAUCGAAUGAACCCCAGUUAAAGUCUGUGUUCAAAAAGGGUGAGACUGACGAGUCGAUACAUCAGAAGGUACUUGGAAUUCCUUGGAAUACUGAAACUGACAGCUUGAUGCCUAAUUUAGAAGCCGUGAAAACGUUUGUGGCAACUUCACCAGUAACCAAAAGGAACAUACUCCAAGGCACCGCAAGACUGUUUGACCCUUUGGGAUUCCUCAAUCCAUUUACGUUCAGGGCCCGAUCCAUGUUUCAAGACCUAUGGAAGAAAAAGGUUGGAUGGGACGAAGAUAUCCCAUGUGAUGCUCAGCAGAAGUGGAGCGAAUGGUGUAAUGAACUAUCUACAUUAUCAGCACUAGAGAUUCCCCGUUGCGUCGUUCCAGCGAAUGCAUCUGCGUUUCAAAUGCAUAUAUUUUGUGAUGCCAGUCCUCUUGGUUAUGGGGCAGUGGCUUACCUGAGAACCGCAAACACAAAGGGCGAGAUUUCAACGCAUUUAAUACUCUCAAAAACUCGUCUAGCACCUAUCAAGCAGCUCUCUCUUCCAAGACUAGAGCUUAUGGGAAUGCUUAUCGGAGCGAGAAUGCUCACUUACCUGCAAAGGACACUGUAUAAAUUACAGUUCGACUAUUUUAUGUGGACCGACUCCAUGAUCGCAUUGUGGUGGAUACGACGCCGGCCAACCGAAUGGAAAGUGUUCGUCAGCAAUCGAGUAAAAGAAAUCCAACGUCUCACCGAAAUAUCGCAUUGGGCACACUGCCCUGGGACCGAAAACCCAGCCGACCACUUGACAAGAGGCAUUACUGCGCUAAAACUGAUUAGCAGUCAAAGUUGGUGGCAUGGGCCUAAGUGGCUAGCCGGAGACUGCGUGUGCUGGCCGAACGAUUUCGUCGAACAGGAUCCACGAACGGAUGAGGAACGCCUACAAUGUCAGGCAUUACUGCAAGUGGCGUUGCAACAAUGGUCGCCACUUCUUGAUUUGGAUGCGUUCGCAAAGUAUUCCCGUGUUUUGCGAACGACUGCCUGGAUUCUUCGAUUCAUUACAAAUUGCCGGCAUCAUGAAGAACGGCUCACGGGUCCCUUGUCUGCAGACGAACUACUUCAUGCGGAAACGUACUGGGUACGUACUUCGCAGGCCGCAACGUAUCCAGAUGAGGUUUAUGCACUGAGGGAGGAGCUGGAAUUUCCCAAGAACUCGCCAAUUUUGCAGCCGUUUCUGGAUGCAACUGGUGUUCUCCGGCUUAAGGGUCGGCUUCACUAUGCGGAUGAAGUAGAACAAGUCAAACAUCCCAUCAUCAUUUCGAAGGAGCACCGCCUGGCACACCUUAUAGCGUCUGCUUCACACCACCGCACACUACACGGAGGACUCCAGGACACCAUGAACGACCUUAGGGAGAAAUGGUGGAUUCCCCAUGCUAGACAAUUUGUAAAGACUGUGAUCUUCAGCUGCCCAACGUGCAAACGAUUCCGACUUCAGCCAGCCACAGCACCUACUGCUCCGUUACCUGCAGAGCGAGUAACCCCCAUUCUUCCGUUUGAAGUGGCAGGAGUAGAUUUUGUCGGCCCGGUUUUUGUAAAAACCGAUGACGGAUCAAAGAGAUCUUAUAUCUCAUUGUUUACUUGUGCCGUUACCAGGGCGGUACAUUUCGAACUAAUCAGCAACCUCGGAGCCAACGCAUUUCUUCUUGCAUUCAGGAGAUUUGUGUCCCGUCGUGGAAUACACUCGGUGAUGUACUCAGACAACGCCUUAACAUUUAAGAGGGCCGCGAAAGAUAUCCAGAAGUUAGGGAGUCUAAUACGGCAAGACGACGUGCAGAAUUAUAUGGCCACAACUAUGAUCAGCUGGAGGUUCAUGCCGGAAAGAGCACCGUGGUGGGGCGGGUUUUGGGAGAGACUCGUUCGGACCCUUAAACAUGCUCUACGAAGAGUCAUCGGAAAGCAGUCGUUCACGAUCGAAGAAAUGGAAACGGUGCUAGCCGAAGCCGAAGCAGCAGUAAACUCACGGCCCAUCACGUACUUGCAUUCCUCACCCAACGAGCCUACUGCUUUGACGCCAGCGCACCUCCUAGUUGGAAAACGCUUGAUUGCCUUGCCAUCUUCGAAACGACAAGACCCAACCAGAUCAACUACAGAAGCGCUUUCGCGAAGGUGGGUGCACCAGCAAAAGAUAGCUGACCACUUUUGGAAACGUUGGCACAAGGACUAUCUCUGGGAGUUGCGAUCGGCCCAUGUAUCACGUACCACGCCUUCUCAUUCCAUGAAGGAAGGCGAUCUUGUACUCGUUCAUGAAGAACGAACACCGAGGCAAGUUUGGAAAACAGCACGGAUUGUGAAGUUUCAUAGAGGAAGAGAUGGAAAGAACAGGUCAUGUUCCGUCAAGCUGCCAUCAGGCAACAUCACAAGACGACCUGUACAGCAGCUGUACCCAUUCGAAGAUCAUCUCCAAUGUGCUAGUGACGCCCAUUCCGGGGGGGAGGAUGUUGCGGAAUGA